GCUGAUGUCAGUGGAUGGAAGAAGCAGAAAAUUAGUCAUCAAACAAAUUCUUAAAACGAAAUUAACUGGGAAACUCUUGUUUCUGUGUAAAUUUAAAGUUUUAAAAGCAAAAUCCAAUCAAAAUGAAUCGCCUUUUCGGUCGCGGCAAGCCCAAAGAGCCGGGCCCAAGCCUAAACGAUUGCAUAGCCGGGGUAGAUGCCCGUGCCACAAACAUUGAGGAAAAGAUCAAUAAGCUGGAAACGGAGCUGCGCAAAUACCGCGAACAAAUGUCCAAAAUGCGCGAAGGACCCGCCAAGAACUCCGUGAAACAGAAGGCGUUGCGGGUGCUGAAACAAAAGAAGGCCUACGAACAGCAGGCGGAAUCUCUGCGCAAUCAGUCGUUUAACAUGGAACAGGCCAACUAUGCCGCCCAAUCCCUCAAGGAUACUCAGGCCACUGUGGCCGCCAUGAAGGAUGGAGUCAAGCAGAUGAAGACCGAAUACAAAAAGAUCAAUAUUGAUCAAAUCGAGGACAUCCAAGACGACAUGGCCGAUAUGUUUGAGCAAGCGGACGAGGUGCAGGAGGCUCUGGGUCGCACUUAUGGCAUGCCCGAGGUAGAUGACGAUGACCUGCAGGCCGAGUUGGAUGCCCUGGGCGAUGAGAUAGCCCUGGACGAUGACACCAGCUAUUUGGAUGACGUUGUCAAGGCUCCGGAAGCCCCAAGCCGAGAGCCUGGAGCCGAUAGCAUUGUGCCUGGCAAGAGCACCAUUGAAACGGAUGAAUUUGGCUUGCCAAAGAUUCCCACUUCGCUGAAGACCACAUAGGCAACGAGCUGCCAGCUCUCAGGUUUCCAUUCUCCAUCUUUUGUUGAACUUUUCGGGCACGCUUUGUAUAUUUUAUAUAUAUUAAUGGAUUGAAACAAAGAUAUCCUCUCAAGUAACACUUUUGUACGCAUUUGUUUUGUUCAAUAAAUAGCCGGUUUACGAAGAUAAAACCAAAUAAAAUAA